GUAUACAUAUUGAAUCCAGAGACAAGAUAUUUGUGCAAUUUCUGGGUUGAAAUUUAAACAUAGGGCAAUGAAGAAAGAGACAGAAUUUGGGAUUUUCAUCUAAAGAGAAUGCUAGACAACAACCAAACCUGUGCUGUGGGACAGGACUCUGUGCCCUACAUGACCUGUGUGGUUCAUGUGCUUGAAGAAUGGUUGGGUGUGGAGCAAUUGGAGGACUACGUGAAUUUUGCAAACCACCUCUUGUGGGUUUUUACCCCACUGAUACUUUUAAUCCUCCCCUACUUUACUAUCUUCCUCCUCUACCUUACUAUUAUUUUCCUCCAUAUCUACAAGAGGAAGAAUGUGUUAAAAGAAGCCUACUCGCAUAAUUUAUGGGACGGUGCGAGGAAAACAGUGGCAACUCUGUGGGAUGGACAUGCAGCGGUUUGGCAUGGUUACGAAGUUCAUGGGAUGGAAAAGAUACCGGAAGGACCAGCACUUAUAAUCUUUUAUCAUGGAGCUAUUCCCAUAGACUUUUAUUACUUCAUGGCUAAAAUUUUCAUCCACAAAGGCAGAACUUGCCGAGUAGUAGCUGACCACUUUGUCUUUAAAAUCCCAGGGUUCAGUUUAUUACUAGACGUAUUUUGUGCUCUUCAUGGACCAAGAGAAAAAUGUGUUGAAAUCCUGAGGAGUGGCCAUUUGCUAGCUAUUUCACCAGGUGGAGUCCGAGAAGCCUUGCUUAGUGAUGAGACCUACAACAUCAUAUGGGGUAACCGUAAAGGCUUUGCUCAGGUUGCAAUUGAUGCAAAAGUGCCUAUUAUUCCUAUGUUUACACAAAAUAUUCGAGAAGGAUUUAGAUCACUUGGAGGAACAAGAUUAUUUAAGUGGCUUUAUGAAAAAUUCCGCUAUCCAUUUGCUCCGAUGUAUGGAGGCUUUCCCGUGAAGUUGCGGACCUACUUAGGAGAUCCCAUUCCUUAUGACCCAAAGAUAACAGCAGAAGAGCUAGCUGAAAAGACCAAGAAUGCUGUUCAAGCCCUGAUUGAUAAGCACCAAAGGAUACCGGGGAACAUUAGAAGUGCGCUGCUGGACCGCUUCCAUAGAGAGCAGCAGGCUCAUUAGCAGGUGAUUUACUGUGUCUGUAAUGACAUACUCACAUCUACUCAACUGUCUUUUACAUUUUUGUAGGUUGUGUAAUAGUGAUUCUAAAACAUCAUGUUAAUAGGCGUCUUCCUUAGAACUUGUUUAUUUAAGUUUGUAUUAUUAAUUUGUCCUGUCAAUCAGUUGUGUCAAAUUUAAUAAGUAACUCACCACUUGCCUGACCCAGAAAAUGAUCAUGUUGCAUUUGCAAUCUUUAGUAGUAUAUGAUAAGCAUAAGUCUUAGAGUAAAUUUUUCCUAAUAUCAGCAGGUUAAGCAGGCUUUCCUAAAUUAUGUCAAUUGUGCUGGAAUGAUCAUAAGAAAGUGCAUGUAUUAGGGUUAGUACUUGCUUAGUUUAGAUGAGAGAUACCUGUAUCUAUCUGCCCUUCAUUCCAGACACAACUGCGGGUAAGUUGUGGAAUGCUUUUGUACCUCGAUGAUUUGUUUUAAGCAUGAUACAAUUAUGGUGACGAACAUUACUUUAA